AUGCCUACUAUUGAUCUCUCAAAUAUUACUGAUUUUGUAGUAAAUGAAGGGCAUGGAGUAAAGGGUCUUUCAGAAAUAGGCCUUCAAAAAUUACCUAAACAAUAUAUUCAGCCAAUUGAAGAGAGAAUUACAACUAACACCGUAAUUCUUGAUGAUCAAAUCCCAAUAAUUGACAUGUCCAAUUGGGACAUUCACAACAAAUUUGUAUCUGAAAAAAUAUGUAACGCCGCUGAGAAGUGGGGUUUCUUUCAAAUUAUAAAUCAUGAUAUUUCUCUUGAAGUUCUUGAAUCUGUUAAGGAUGCGACUUAUAGGUUUUUUAAACAACCCGCGGUGGAGAAGAAUAAGCAUUCCAAGGAAAAUUCAUCGACUAAUAACGUGAGAUAUGGUACUAGUUUUACUCCUAAAGCUGAAAAGGCUUUGGAGUGGAAAGAUUAUUUAAGCCUUUUUUAUGUUUCUGAUGAAGAAGCUGCUGCUCUUUGGCCUUGUGCUCUCAGGGAUGAAGCGUUGGAGUUCAUGAGAAAUUCAGAAAUUGUCAUGAAGAAGUUAUUACAGGCACUAAUGAAAGGAUUAAACGUAAAAGAAAUAGACGAAUCAGUUCUAAUGGGAUCAAAGAGGAUUAACGUUAAUUACUAUCCAAAAUGCCCUAAUCCCGAAUUAACUGUCGGGGUAGGUCGUCACUCUGAUGUCUCAACGUUAACGAUUCUUCUUCAAGAUAAUAUCGGAGGACUUUAUGUGAAAAAAUUGGACAGUGACAUGUGGGUUCACGUCCCACCGAUCCACGGGGCUCUAGUGAUUAACAUCGGCGAUGCACUUCAAAUAAUGAGCAAUGGACGAUACAAGAGCAUUGAGCAUCGCGUUAUCGCUAAUGGUAAUAAUAAUAGGAUUUCUGUGCCUAUUUUUGUGAACCCAAAACCUAGUGACGUAAUCGGACCAUUGAAAGAAGUGUUGGAGAGUGGGGAGGAGCCAAUUUACAAACAAGUCCUUUACUCCGAUUAUGUGAAGCAUUUCUUUAGGAAAGCUCAUGAUGGGAAAGACACUGUUGAUUUUGCUAAAAUCAAUUAG